CACAACCAACAUUCUUUUACUGUCCUCCCAAAGAUUUACGAGUUUACUCCGCUUUGACAUUCAUAGUUCAUACCACCCUCGUAAAGUUAUAACUGACAUUUACAGCCAGUUUAAAUAGCUUUACAAUGCAGCGGAACGAGGAGACUCGUACUUCAUCGUCCAUCGACGAGAAAGUGUCAACCAUCACCAGCGACACGAGUACCACCGCCGAUGAUCUGAACCUGCACAAUGGCGCUCGCAACCCCAAAUACGCCCCACCCGACCGCUACAAUCUGGCCUUCAUCAUCAUGGUCUUCCUGGGGAUGGGCGGGAUGUACCCGUGGAAUUUCUUCAUCACCGCCGCUGAUUAUUUCCAUUUCGCCCUGCGGAACGUCACCCAUCCGGAGGGGACGACACCGUAUCAGCGGACGUUUGAGAACGCUCUGACCAUCAUUGCCACCAGCUGCGGUUUAGUGGGGAUCGUGUGCAGCACAUUGUUGACGAGGUACCUAUCCGUGAAACUGCGCGCGUACGGCGGUUUCAUUGUCAUCAUCAUUAUCUUCACCGUGACAACGGUAUUGGCGCGGGUGGACACGGAUUCAUUCCAGGAGGGAUUUUUUAUUAUCACCAUGAUUAAUGUGUUCAUUAUCAAUUUCGCCAGUAAUAUCGUCAACGGGGGACUGUUCGGAUUGCAAGGUUGUAUGCCGUCGAAAUUCGCCACGGCGUUCAUGGUCGGACAGACUUUCGCCGGGAUCUUCGCGGCACUGUCGUCGGUGAUUUCCGUGCUGACCAAUCGCGACGAGACCGAUCAAAAUUCUUCUAUAAAAAACCAAGCCGUAGGGUACUUCGCCUCGGCCAUCGGCGCUACCACGUUAUGCACAGUUUUAUUCGCGGUUUUUCUGCGCUUGCCGAUUGUCAACUUUUACUUUAAUCGUAACGACGAAAAGGUCAUAAAUGCGUCCGAUGAGAAACCGGUGGAAAAGCCGAAGACACCGCUAAAGAUGAUCAUCACCCGCACCUGGCCGUAUAUCGGUACAUUGAUCCUUACCUUUGCUACGACUCUCUCGGUGUUUCCCGCCAUUUCCGUGAUGGUGAAAUCGACCAACGCCGCCAGUGGAUCGCUGCUGAACAACGCACUUUUUCUCCCGGUAGCCUGUUUUGUCGUCUACAAUGUGGGUGAUUUUUCAGGACGGUUCUCGCAUGGAUUACUGCAGUGGCCGAAUCCUCAGCAAGGCAUUUUGCUGUUUGUAAUCGCCGUGGUGCGAACUGGUUUGAUUCCUAUGUUCUUGUUUUGUAAUGCGGCGCCCCGUGACCAUACUGACGCGGUAUUCGGGGAUGCGGUGUUUAUCACCUUGAUCGCGGUGCUAGCCUUUACGAACGGGUAUUUUGGCAAUGCCGGGAUCAUGUACGGACCGAAAGUGGUGCCGCCUGAAUGGGCAGAGAUUACGGGAGCGAUUAUGGGACUGUGUAUUAAUGUCGGUCUGGUCUUGGGUGCAGCGUUUUCGUUUGCCUUGUUGUUCUGUCUUUAAGCAUAACUAACAAUCAAUGUCGAAAUAACAAAAUUUAGCAAUUAAGCACAGGAAAUUUCAUUAAACAUGACAGCCGUUG